UUCAGGCUUUUCUUGGGGGAUAAACCUUGUGUGGAUAAAACCUUUACCCGGACCAACUUUCCCUUGGAUCAGAGAGCAGUCCAAGAGGGAACGAGAAGCCCAAGGGAAGCCUGUAGACCUGGAGAGACGUGGAAAAGCAACCAACAUCUUCUUCAGGUCAUCCCCAAAUAAUAUAUUUUCAUGCAAUAUGAUUACAGAGUGUCUCUAUGACCUUCUGGGGGAGAAUGCACUGCUGUACGUCUCGGCCACCUUUGUGGUGCUGUGGAUCGUGGGCUGGCUCUACCGAGACAGCCUGGUGAUUGAAAAAGUCACUGAAAAGUAUGUCUUUGUGACGGGCUGCGACUCUGGGUUUGGGAACCUACUUUGCCGCAAGCUAGACGGUAAGGGUUUCCGGGUGCUGGCGGCCUGUCUGACGGAGAAGGGUGCCGAUGACCUGAAGAGGGUGUCAGGACCUCACCUUAAAACGGUCCUACUGAAUGUGACCUGUCUGGACAGCAUUCAGAAAGCAAUGGAGUGGACCAAAAAGGAGGUCGGCGAUAAGGGUCUAUGGGGCAUUGUGAACAAUGCAGGGUACUCUCUGCCUAUGGGCCCCACAGAGUGGAUGAAAGUGGAGGACUUCCACAAAACGCUGAACGUCAAUUUGAAUGGAGUGAUAGCCAUGACCGUGGCCUUCCUGCCGCUUGUCAAGCUGGCCCGUGGCAGGGUCGUGAACAUAGCAUCGGUCCUGGGUCGGGUCGCUGCCAACGGCGGUGGAUACUGCAUCUCCAAGUUUGCCGUAGAGGCCUUCUCCGACUGCCUCAGGAGGGAUAUACACUACUUUGGAGUCAACGUUUGCAUCAUUGAGCCGGGGUUCUUCAAGACAGCCGUGACCAGCCUUGAUCCCUUAGAGAAGGAGCUGCAUCGUCUGUGGAACCAGCUCAGCCCUGAGGUGCAGGCCAGCUAUGGAGACAAGUACCUUGAUAAGUAUAUCAACAUCCAGCGUUUGAUUAUGAAUGGCAUCUGUGACAAGGACCUAGCCAAAGUGACCGACUGCAUGGAACACUCCCUGACAGCUGCCUAUCCCCGAACCCGAUACAGCGCCGGCUGGGAUGCCAAGCUCCUCUGGAUCCCACUGUCCUAUAUGCCUGCCUGUGUGGUGGACAUUGGGCUGAAGUUGGUUAUGCCACGGCCUUCAAAGAGUGUGUAAGAGUAGAGAUGGGAAAUAGGACAAUGGUUUCAGUCUCUGCCUUCUUAUUUUGAUGCACACCAUUUCUGCCUGCAAUGCAACCAACAACCAAGCUACCAAGGGACAUUGCAGAUCUACCCGUGAAAAACACAAACACACGAGAUAGUACCUUUAGGGAUGUCUUGUGCAUAUUAAAAAAAUUAUAAAAACAAUAACAAAUAACUAACUAUUUAGAUAGUGUAUAAUUUAAUUGAUGCAUUGUUUGUUUACAAUACUCGUGCCUUGUUGCCAGUGUUAUUUAUGGUCCUGUAAUGUAAGAAAUUUUCAAGGAACAUUCAAAGCAAUAUUAUGAUGAAUGAAGGAUGGACACUAGGAGUUAUUAUCAUCAUUUUUGCUCUUGUUUAACAUGUUUAACAUCAAUAAAAUGAAUGAUGCUAGUGAA